UUCCUGCUCCUCCGUACUACAAUGGCGUCUGCUGAUCUGAGGGCCGAGCUGGACUGCUCCAUCUGCCUGAGCCUCUAUACAGACCCCGUAUCCCUGAGAUGUGGACACAACUUCUGCCGCUCGUGUAUUGUGAGUGCGCUGGAGGCGCAGGAGGCAGCUGGAGUGUAUUCCUGUCCUGACUGCAGAGCAGAAUAUCCGGAGCGUCCGGCCCUGGAGAAGAACAGGAAGCUGGGGAACAUAGUGGAGCGUUUCUUAUCUGCUCGGCCUGAUAUGGAGGAGACCGGGAUCUUCUGUACUUACUGUACUAAGUCUCCUGUCCCGGCUGUGAGGACAUGUCUGCACUGUGAGGCCUCCAUGUGCCAUGAACAUCUCGGAGCCCAUAACAAGUCAGUGGAUCAUAUAUUAACAGAACCCACCAGAUCCUUGGACAUCAAAAAAUGUUCCCUCCACAAAAAGGUUCUGGAGUAUUACUGCCCGCAGGACACGGUUUGUCUGUGUGUGUCCUGCUGUCUGGUCGGCGAGCACAGGGGACACCAGGUGGAACUUCUAGAUGAGGCGUCUGAGAAGAAGAAGAAGAAACUGAGGAAAUAUCUGGAGGAACUAAACCCACAAAAAGCAAAAAUUCAGACGAAACUUCAGAAUCUGCAGGAUCGUCAGAGGAAUAUCCAGGAGAAGGCCUCUGAUAAGAGGAAGAACGUCAGGAAGUUAUUUAUGGACAUUAAGAAACAACUGAAAAUGGCAGAAAAGAAAGCGCUGAGCGAGAUCUCCAGGCAGGAGGAGAAGAUUGUGUCCCAGAUAUCUGAUCUGGUCAAGAAGCUGGAAAUAGAGGCGGACGAGCUGUCCAGGAAGAUGCGUCACCUGGAGGAGAUGUGUCAUGUCACCGACCCAAUAAGACUCCUACAAGAAAGUGACAUUACAGUAUGUGGUCAUGGAGAUGAUGAGGACACAGGGGGAGAUGGUGGAGAGGGCAGGUCUGAGGAUGGUCUGGAUGAGGUUCUGAUCUCACUGACCUUACACCGAUCUAUGAGGGAUAUUGUCACCAAUGUCACAUCAGAGCUCGGGCUCCAUGUUCCAGACAUAUUGCUGGAUGAGGACACUGCUCAUAGACGUGUGAAGAUAUCAGAAGAUCUGAAAACAGCAACAAGAACAGAAGAAGAACAGAACAGACCAGAAUCACCGGGAAGGUUCCUGUAUUAUCCCCAGGUGUUAAGCAGAUGUGGCCUCUCCUCAGGAAGACAUUACUGGGAAGUAGAGUGGGACCAGAAAGGAGAAUGUGACAUCGGACUGUCCUAUCCCAGUAUAGAAAGGGAAGGACGGCGGUCUAGUAUUGGAUGUAAUGAUAAAUCUUGGUGUUUGUAUAUGUCUGGUGCAGGAUGUGGAGUGUGUCACCGCUCAGUCAGAUCCCCCCUCAGUGUAGAUACAACAUGUCCUAGACUUGGGGUCUUCUUAGACUAUGAGGCCGGGCGUCUGUCCUUCUAUCGGCUGUGUGACCCCAUCAGACACUUACACACCUUCACCGCCUCCUUCUCUCAACCCCUACAUGUUCUCUUCUGGUUGUUGUGGUCUGGAGCCUCUGUUAGAAUAAUAAGCUGAGGCCGAUGCGUCCACGUCCCGUUAUAAUCUCCGCCUAUAAGUCACUAUAUGGCGCUGUAUGGGCGGAGCCUCCGAUCCCACAAUGUAUAUGGCGGCUCUAUGGGGGGGGUUACUGUACGAUUAUUUUAUAUUCCUUGGAGAUCAGAUCCAGAAUCGAUGCUUGAGACAAAUGAAAAGUUACGUCGUCUGCGCACGAGUUCGGGUGAACGCACAUCAGAUCCGCAGCGUAUCCGCACCAAUACCUGCAAUGUGUGAUUACGGUUUUUGGUGCGGAUAAGAUGCGGUUUUCCACUGAAAAGGGUGAAAUCCGCAGCUAAAACCACAAACAUAACUGACAGGCCGCAGAUCUGGGAAUCCGCACGGAAAUAAUCGGCGAAGU